GCUUAUGUGUGUUACACUACUAUUGCAUGAACAUUACUUAAAGAAUUAAAUUUAAACUUUUAUCUCGGGAAAAUAUCCUUACCGCUGUAUCUAUACGACCCGCCAUCUUGCUAACAAUGUGAUUUUUUAUAUCUCGCGAUGUUCAGUGUGAUUUGAACAAUUACAGGUAACGUCACAUCUCGCGCACUCAGCAGAGUCACUCAACUCAAUAGAACCCGAGUCGACCAAUCAGCAGCUCUUGACUCUUGACUCUUGACUCCUAGUUGAAGUUUCUUCUCAGUGCUGUUUUAACCGAAAGCGACAACGGAUCAAACAAAACUUGCUAUUAAGUGUUUUCAGACAAGUCCACACAGACAGAGGAUCGUUAAACAGCUUCAAAUGGCGUCUUCAUCUAAUCGAGUUUCACCAAACGACAUGGAAAGAAAUACAGAUCAACAAACAGAGAAGAAGAAGAAAAAGGGUAUGCGUGCCAACUUUAAGAAAAGAUGGCGGGCUGUGAAGGGCUGCUGCUCUUGCACCCAAAGCAAUGACCUGGAUCCAUCUGAAGAGCCGUAUCUACCAGUCUUGAACCCGGUGGUCUUGGUAGACACAGCUGAUUGCCCUGGUUGUGACUUGGAGCAAACGCCUCUUGAAGAUCCGGUCGAUCCUCCGCAAGAUUCUGCUGGACUCAAGCAAACCGCUCCAGAAGAACCAGCUGACAACACAGCAGAACAACAAACUGAAGGGAAGAAGAAGAAGACGGGUAUCCGUGCCCGCUUUAAGAAAGGAUGGCAGGCUAUGAAGCACUCCUGCACCCCAAACAACAAAGUGGUGCCUUUACCUACACAGCCUGACCUGGAUCCAUCAUGUCCUGUAGAUCCUCAGCCAGCUAGUGUAGAUCCUCAGCCAGCUUCUGUAGAUCCUCAGCCAGCUCCUGUAGAUCCUCAGCCAGCUCGAGUAGCUCGAGUAGAUCCUCAGCCAGCUCGAGUAGAUCCUCAGCCAGCUCGAGUAGAUCCUCAGCCAGCUCGAGUAGAUCCUCAGCCAGCUCGAGUAGAUCCUCAGCCAGCUCGAGUAGAUCCUCAGCCAGCUCGAGUAGAUCCUCAGCCAGCUCGAGUAGAUCCUCAGCCAGCUCGAGUAGAUCCUCAGCCAGCUCGAGUAGAUCCUCAGCCAGCUCGAGUAGAUCCUCAGCCAGCUUCUGUAGAUCCUCAGCCAGCUCGUAUAGAUCCUCAGCCAGCUCGUGUAGAUCCUCAGCCAGCUCGUAUAGAUCCCCAGCCAGCUCGUAUAGAUCCCCAGCCAGCUCCUGAUGAUCCAGCGGAAGACAGACCAGAAUGGAAGAAGAAGAAGAAGGGUGUCUGUGCCCGCUUUAAGAAAGGAUGGCAGGCUAUGAAGCACUCCUGCACCCCAAACAACAAAGUGGUGCCUUUACCUACACAGCCUGACCUGGAUCCAUCAUAUCCUGUAGAUCCCCAGCCAGCUCGUGUAGAUCCUCAGCCAGCUUCUGUAGAUCCUCAGCCAGCUUCUUUAGAUCCUCAGCCAGCUUCUGUAGAUCCUCAGCCAGCUUCUGUAGAUCCUCAACCAGCUCGUGUAGAUCCUCAGCCAGCUCGUGUAGAUCCUCAGCCAGCUCGUGUAGAUCCUCAGCCAGCUUGUGUAGAUCCUCAGCCAGCUCGUGUAGAUCCUCAGCCAGCUCGUGUAGAUCCUCAGCCUGCUCGUGUAGAUCCUCAGCCAGCUCGUGUAGAUCCUCAGCCAGCUCGUGUAGAUCCUCAGCCAGCUUGUGUAGAUCCUCAGCCAGAUCCUCAGCCAGCUUGUGUAGAUCCUCAGCCAGCUCGUGUAGAUCCUCAGCCAGCUCGUGUAGAUCCUCAGCCAGCUCGUGUAGAUCCUCAGCCAGCUCCUGAAGAUCAAGCUGAAGACAGACCAGAAUGGAAGAAGAAGAAGAAGGGUGUCCGUGCCCGCUUUAAGAAAGGAUGGCAGGCUAUGAAGCACUCCUGCACCCGAAACAACAAAGUGGUCCCUUUACCUACACAGCCUGACCUGGAUCCAUCAUAUCCUGUAGAUCCCCAGCCAGCUCGUGUAGAUCCUCAGCCAGCUUCUGUAGAUCCUCAGCCAGCUUCUUUAGAUCCUCAGCCAGCUUCUGUAGAUCCUCAGCCAGCUUCUGUAGAUCCUCAACCAGCUCGUGUAGAUCCUCAGCCAGCUCGUGUAGAUCCUCAGCCAGCUCGUGUAGAUCCUCAGCCAGCUUGUGUAGAUCCUCAGCCAGCUCGUGUAGAUCCUCAGCCAGCUCGUGUAGAUCCUCAGCCUGCUCGUGUAGAUCCUCAGCCAGCUCGUGUAGAUCCUCAGCCAGCUCGUGUAGAUCCUCAGCCAGCUUGUGUAGAUCCUCAGCCAGAUCCUCAGCCAGCUUGUGUAGAUCCUCAGCCAGCUCGUGUAGAUCCUCAGCCAGCUCGUGUAGAUCCUCAGCCAGCUCGUGUAGAUCCUCAGCCAGCUCCUGAAGAUCAAGCUGAAGACAGACCAGAAUGGAAGAAGAAGAAGAAGGGUGUCCGUGCCCGCUUUAAGAAAGGAUGGCAGGCUAUGAAGCACUCCUGCACCCGAAACAACAAAGUGGUCCCUUUACCUACACAGCCUGACCUGGAUCCAUCAUAUCCUGUAGAUCCUCAGCCAGCUCCUGUAGACCCUCAGCCAGCUCCUGUAGAUCCUCAGCCAGCUCCUGUAGAUCCUCAGCCAGCUCCUGUAGACCCUCAGCCAGCUCCUGUAGAUCCUCAGCCAGCUCCUGUAGACCCUCAGCCAGCUCCUGAAGAUCCUCAGCCUGGAAAUCCUAAACCUUAUUGCCCAUAUAGCUUUGAUUUUACUGAACUAAUAGAGGAAUUCUAUCGUAGUUUAUCUGAUUAUGAUCCAUAUGUUCAGAGAUUACUCAGAAUUUUUCCACCAUAUGAUCCUCCCCGAUUUCCCGCUACAUGGUAUUCUGAUCAAGAGUUUCUUCUUGAAUUGGAAAAAUUCGAAGCGUUUUCAGCCCUUUAUGAUUUGGGAAAGAACUGUCUAGGAAAAGGACACCGCGGCAUUGUGUAUCAGGGGACUCGCAAGUCCGAUGGCCUGAAGGUCGCCAUCAAAUUUAUGUCCAAGUUGACCCACUGGGACAGAUUUCUUCAUGUUCCUGGAUAUGAAGAGCCUCUCAUCGCAGAAGUGGCUGUAAAUCUGAUGCUACAGAAACCAGAGAGUUGCCCCAACAUUGUGGAUCUGUUGGACUGGUUUGAAGAGGACAUCCUCUACAUCCUCGUUCUAGAAUAUCCAUAUCCCUGUUUGAGCUUGAAAAAUUUCCUUGAAGUUGAACGUCUGUCUGAAGAUCAGGCACGUCCUCUCAUGCGUCAAGCAGUAAACGCAGCUCAACACUGCAUCGACCACGACGUCUGCCAUGGUAGCUUGGCGACGAGAAACAUCGUGAUCAAUAUACAGACCAUGACGCUCAUGUUCAUAGACUUUGGACGUGGCCAUCUUGCCUCAACUUGGGGCAAACCAGAUUCUGAACACCCCGAACCUGUACAUGGCAUUCCUGCCCCAACUUGGGUCGAACCAAGCGGUGAAAGCUGGGGUCGAGGUCAUGCGGUUGCCCAUAUGGUCUCUAGUUUGGGUAAACUGCUCCUGUGUAUGAUGGGUGGAUAUUGGGCGAGUCUUGAAGACACUUCUGUUACAAGAGACAGCCCUGAGCUCACACGACUUGGUUUAACUGAAGAAUGCCUUGACUUGAUCAAUCGGUCCGGGAUCGCUUCACCACCCGACAGGCCAACAUUAGAGGAGUUCUUAGACCACGAGUGGUUCAAGCAGGGCUCAAGGUCAAAAGAAGACGGGUGUCUGACUCGUGUCUGUUCAUCCUGAGUUGUAUAAAGAAGACGGGUGUCUGAAUCGGGUCUGCGCAUUAGGCCAACAUUAGAGGAGUUCAUAGACCAUGAGUGGUUAAAGGUCAAGAGUAUCUUACAUCUUUCCUCUAGUUCAGUCAGUGAUAUUAGCAUAGCUGGUGGUCUUUUUAGCUGGUUGAUUUUUUUCACUUUUUAUUUUUUCGGUUUACAUUUUCUCUAUUCAGGAAUACAGUAAACUUUUUGGCUAUAUAAAAAUACUUUAGUUUAUGAGAAAAUGCUCAUGUGCAUCACACGUUGUAUAAAGAAGACAGAUGUCUGACUCGUGUCUGAGCAUUAGGCCAACAUUAGAGGAGUUCCUAGACCAUGAGUGGUUAAAGCAGGGCUCAAGGUCAAAAGAAGACGGGUGUCUGACUCGUGUCUGUUCAUCCUGCGUUGUAUAAAGAAGACGGGUGUCUGAAUCGGGUCUGCGCAUUAGGCCAACAUUAGAGGAGUUCAUAGACCAUGAGUGGUUAAAGGUCAAGAGUAUCUUACAUCUUUCCUCUAGUUCAGUAAGUGAUAUUAGCAUAGCUGGUGGUCUUUUUAGCUGGUUGAUUUUUUUUCACUUUUUAUUUUUUCGGUUUACAUUUUCUCUAUUCAGGAAUACAGUAAACUUUUUGGCUAUAUAAAAAUACUUUAGUUUAUGAGAAAAUGCUCAUGUGCAUCACACGUUGUAUAAAGAAGACAGAUGUCUGACUCGUGUCUGAGCAUUAGGCCAACAUUAGAGGAGUUCCUAGACCAUGAGUGGUUAAAGCAGGGCUCAAGGUCAAAAGAAGACGGGUGUCUGACUCGUGUCUGUUCAUCCUGCGUUGUAUAAAGAAGACGGGUGUCUGAAUCGGGUCUGCGCAUUAGGCCAACAUUAGAGGAGUUCAUAGACCAUGAGUGGUUAAAGGUCAAGAGUAUCUUACAUCUUUCCUCUAGUUCAGUCAGUGAUAUUAGCAUAGCUGGUGGUCUUUUUAGCUGGUUGAUUUUUUUCACUUUUUAUUUUUUCGGUUUACAUUUUCUCUAUUCAGGAAUACAGUAAACUUUUUGGCUAUAUAAAAAUACUUUAGUUUAUGAGAAAAUGCUCAUGUGCAUCACACGUUGUGUCUGUUCAUCCUGCGUUGAAUAAAGAAGACGUACGCGUUUCAAAGUGACAACAUAAACAGA